AUGCAUGACAAACAUUAUGAUCAACUUGUUAGCCUAUUGGCGAAGUAUGAUACGUUAUUAGACCAGCUACAGCAGUAUCUUUCAAUGGGAUAUUAUAACCUAAGCAGGGCCAACUACCAUAAUAAAGAUGCAAUUCGAGGAUACUACGGCCAAGACUAUUGGGAUGCUACGUACCCAGGAACGAAACUCGUCGAUAUUAAACAAGAUGGCACUUUUUCUAUAGAUCAAGUAUCGAACGAUUCCAAUGAUAAGAAAGGUGCCAGUGAUAUGCCAACAAAUACUGAGAAUGUAUUGCGAAACAGAUCUGAGGGAAUUCUAAGACAACCGGAGAUUGAACGAAACCUUAAACCAAAAGAUCCUAUAUAUAUGUUUGGUGGCCUUCUAUCUGUGCCCAGUUCGUUACGACAAAGCCAAUCUGCGUUUCAGCGAUGCAUUCCGUUAAUUUCAGAACUAGUCAAUUGUAGGAAAGCGCUGCUGGAUUGCUUAGAUGGAUAUGAAAAGUCAGCAGGUAUAUCGAAUAUUCGAUAA